UCUUUUCUUCGUGCCCUAUUCUUCUUCCACGCCGAAACCCCUCUUCCUCUUCUUCGUUGAGCUCGCGACACCAACCUUUCUUCUUCUUUUUCCCCCACCGAGCCCGAACUUCUCUCCUGUUUCCCUCUCGCGCCGCCGCCACCUAGUCCCGAGCCUUCACCUCCUCGCGAUCUCUCCCCCGUGCCCUAAUUUUUUCCUUCCGAUCUUCUGUCGCAUCGACGCCGCCGCACGGAGCAGCGUCGACGCCGUACAGCCGACGCCUCACCGAAGCUUCCUCUCCCCUACCGACGUCUCAUCGUCGCUCACUGCCGGAGCCAAAGGCGAGGGCCAUCCGCUCUCUUGUUGUCCAGCCCAAGGAGGAUCACAUGUUUUCCUUGUUUCUGAACCCUUUAAUAUCCUCAUUAAUGAAAGUUGUGUUCUGUGCGACCACCAAUUGAAGUGUUCAUUGCUCAAUGGCAGCUCCUGCCACUCCGCUUCCCUCUUCAAAGGGUGUUGAGUCUCAAAAUCCUAAUUGUAGUAGCAACUCUCCUUCAAUGUUCUUAUCACCCUCACCAUUACGCUUAUGGAGGCCAGCGACUCAAAGGAAUGUGAGGAAUCAAUGGUUGAAAUUGUUCUCAAGCAAGAUUCAGUGGGCCAGCGCCAUGUCAGAGGGGAGAUCACAUGCUACCUCACUUGUAAAUGCAUAUCUCAAUCACAGAUACAUGUCGUCAGUGAACUUGGGUGCUGCGAAUGACAUGCCGGAAAUUCGAGAGAAGGCAUGCCAAAAAUUGGCUCAUAAGCAGGAAACAUAUGGAAACUAUCUUCUCUCAUCGUACAAGAAUAUGGUACUCACAGUUGCUGAAUUGGUUAAGUCCGCACACUCUUUCCGAUGUUUCCUUAAAGGACCAGUUGCUGGCCCUCUGUCGCAAUUUGGUGAUAGUCCUGAACAUGAGAAUGAUAGUGGAGAUGGUGGUGGAGUACCAGUUUUUACAUUGUUUUCAAUCUCACAAUUUGAAAAUCUUGCAUGGGAGCUAGUUGAGAUGUUUGUAUCAGAGUUAAGCUUGAAGCGGUUCCUGGUGGUUGAGUUUCUCUCACUUAGAUGUGAAGGUGCAGGACGGGGUAAUAAGAUACAGUGGUCAGAUGAACUAUAUAUUGGAGAAUUUGAUGAACUAAAGAUUAGUGGUCUAUGCACUGAAAAUAAUAUCCCACCUCUGUUUCCACAAUUAAGAGGUCAACUAUCUUGGAGUCCCUUAGACACAAAGGAAUAUCAUCUUAUGAGCAGUGAUGUUUUGCAGGUGUACUUGAUGGCCUGGAUUUCCGAUGUAAAUAUUAAUGUACAUAGAUGAGUAAAGUGACAAAUUCAUGCGGUAUGGUUCCAAAUGUUCAGGAUAAAGGAAAUAUUCAGUAUCAUUGAAGAAGAAGCACCGAUCAAAUUUUCUUGAGUUAUAUAAUUUGCUGAGUGGCAAAAGGUUAGCCGUCCCCAAGGGUACGGUGUAGCAGAAGGGCAUAGACAUGCACAGUUUGAUCCGUAGAUAUGACAUAUUUGUAGGGAUUUUUCCAUUAAAUAAAGCGCGCAAUCACAUGAUGCUAAGCUUUUGGGCCAUCCGCCAUGAAUGCUUUCUAAUUUAUUCUAGUAGCUAGUGGAAAACUUUCGUGGGUCAGUUCGACCAUUUCAGAUUGUGUUAUCUGAUUCAAUAUUUGUUUUUGGUAAAAUGUUAGCAAAUGUGUGGGACAUGAAUAUUUCAAUGACAAUUAUUUUGCAUCUGGAUGAGCAGCGAACCGCGAA